GGAACGUACUGCGUGAUGUCAGCAAUAGCAGAAGUGCCACCUCCAUUCAUUUGUUCAAAACAAACUUCAUCUAAAAUGUCAGAGCCUGAAUUGUGCACGCAGAAAGUAGCUCGUUAGGUAAAUUCAGAUAUGACAGUUACUUAUUGUCUUCUGCAAGAGCGCACUUGGGAGCUAAGUAUGCUAGCUAGGUCUUUGACAGCUUUGACAUCGCGGGGACUGCAUCAGCCUUUGGAGAGGACACUUUCCUCCAGAUUAGUCCCUGGAACAGCACUAAGGCUGGAGAAAUGUCCUGCCUCAUCACACAGACCUCACACACACCGCAAGAGCAAUCACACCAUCACAUGUAGUGAUGCCUGGUCUUAUGGACUGCGAAAAGGAACCCUGCACAGACUUGCUUUUAACCCAGAACAUGGCAUGAGACUCAAAACAUGGAAUAUACACAGAACAUUUCAAUCCACUGGAACCACCAAAGCUGUGCUGAAGCAAGUGGGCAUGCCUGGCAAAAAGACAAUAAAGGGACCAAGGACGAAACAGCCGUCCAGAGCCAAUCUGCCAGCCCCAGAAGAGGAUAUGAUGCAAUGUGUUGCCUAUGCAACUGCUGAACAGUACCACCUACCUACUCUCUGCCAUGACUUAAUAGCUAAUGGCUUUUUUGAAAUAAGAGACUUGCCCAGAGAUGCAGCUAAUGUUCUGGUGAUUGGAACAGAAAUGGCAUCAAAACCAGACGACUCUGCUAUGAUGUUUUUCUUCAGGGAAGGCUCAGUGGUUUUCUGGAAUGUUGAUGAAAAAACUAUAAAGAAUGUGAUGCGGAUAUUGGAGCAACAUGAGAUUCAGCCGUAUGAGGUGGCUUUGGUCCACUGGGAAAAUGAAGAGAUCAAUUACUCAGUAGGAGAAGGAAGUACAAAGCUGCAUCGGGGAAACUUCAUAUUUAAUAGCGACAUGGACUAUGAACAAGUCCUUCUGGAGAAAUUUGCAUUUUCUAAUGCUCUGUCUCUAUCAGUUAAGCUGGCGAUAUGGGAGGUCUCUCUGGAUAACUUUGUUGAAUCUAUUCAGCCAAUUCCAGAGACACUAAAGUCUGGGAAGUCAGUCAAACUGUCCAGGGCAGAGGUCUUGCAGAAAAUAGGAGAACUGUUUGCUCUGAGGCACUGCAUUAACCUCAGUUCAGAUCUUCUCAUCACUCCUGAUUUCUACUGGGACAGAGAGGACCUGGAGCAACUGUAUGACAAAACAUGUCAGUUUCUCAGUAUCAACCGUAGGGUGAAGGUUGUGAAUGAAAAGCUGCAGCACUGCACUGAACUGACAGACCUGAUGAGGAAUCAUCUUAGUGAAAAGCACAGUCUUCGUCUGGAGUGGAUGAUUGUAAUCCUGAUCACUAUUGAGGUGAUGUUUGAACUCGCCCGCGUGGUCUUCUGAGGAGACCGACGCCUUAGAGGAGGAUGUGACUGCCACAGUGAAAUCAACCAACAAUCUUCUAAAAAGUUUCAGUGUUCAUACAGCUUGAUUGCAUCUUUUUGAACCUCUAAUCAGUAGACUUGUCAAAUGCUUGCUGUGGUAUUGUAUUGUGCAAUAGAUUUUCAUUAGAUAAAUAAAAUUCAAUGCACUA